UUUAUUGGUUAUAUAUUUAUUGGUUUUUUAUUUUCACGUAGUACCUAUUUUCUCCAAAGUAUGUAAUUUGUAUUGUAAUUUUAAUAAAUAAAUAUAUAAAACAUUCUAACUCUUAUUAUAUUAUUAAAUACAUUUAAACAAGGAAUAGAAGGAAUCAUGUAUAAUCGUGAUCGAUUUGAGGUUAGUUUAGUAUCUAACCUAUUCGUCGUAAUUGUCAUGUACAUAUAGGAACAUUAUAUUUAUAGAUGUAAAUACGAAAGAAAACUAGGUUCUUUUUAAACUUAUUCAGCAAUUGUUCAUUGUUAUUGUGUUACCAUGAAUGUACGAAUAUUUAAAAAAAUUCAAUUGGAUUUUAAAUGUAAUAGAAGUAUUUUUGUGAAACAUCCUCGUUCUAUUCAUUAUAUUUCCAAUGCUUCUCCCCUAAAUGUGUAUAAGAAUCAUUUUUUAAAUAGUAAAGUAUUAAUGGGAUAUUUUUCAAAUAAGCGGAAUUUUUCAAAUACACAAAAUGCUGUUUUGCAUCAGCAACUCCAUCCAAAAGUAUUUCAAAGAUCAUUACUAUGUAACAAGGAUGUAGUAUUAACUUCAAAAAUUCCUAGCAAUUGUUAUCCUACUGCUGUAAAUAGUAUUAGACAAUAUUCAAAUUCAGGACCCACAGUUGUAAAUGAAGUUAUUAAAUACAAUGGUGGCAUUUUCCAAAUGAUAUCUGAAAGUAUAUGUGUAGAAUGGGUCACUGAAGCUUUUAGAUUCAUGCAUUAUCAAACAGGUUUACCAUGGUGGGCAAGUAUCAUACUUACCUCAAUUAUUACAAGAACAUUUAUAAAUCUACCAUUAAAUAUACUUGAUCUUCACAAUAGGGCAAAACAGGAAAACUUGGAAGGUGAAAUGAUGGAUAUUGCAGAGAAAGUAAGAAGGAAAGUAGAUAGGGAAGUAGUAUUGUCCCAAUUGAGUCCAGUAGGUGCGAUUGCUUUAUAUACACGCGAGAUGUCUAACGAACAAAAAAGAUUAUAUAUAAGAGACAAUUGUCAUCCAUUUAAAAGCGUUGCAAUGGUAUUAUUGCAAGCACCGAUAUGGAUAAGUUUCUCAGUUGCAGUAAGGAAUAUGUGUUAUGUAUUGCCUCAAAUAAAUCCUGCCACUGUAAAGGAUUUCCAAGAAUUGACUACUGGUGGUUUUGGAUGGAUACAAAAUCUUGUAGACAUAGAUCACUUUUUUAUAUUACCUAUACUUUUUGGAUUAUCUCACUUAGUUACAAUGGAAGUAAAUUACGUAUUAUUUAAAAUAAAGGAUUCAAGAUUUAACAGAAUAUACAAGAAUUUCUGUAGAGUACUCAUUGUUUGUUUUGUGUUUAUCAUCGCAUGCUUACCAUCGUGUUUAUCCUUGUUUUGGAUUACCAAUAAUUGCCAUGGACUGUUACAAAGUUUAGUACUCCUAUCUCCAAAAGUCCGUAAGCUACUCAGAAUACCUAAAACUAAUUCUGACCUUCGGCAUCCGUAUCAAGAAUUACAUAAACGGUUAUUAGGUAAAUUUUCUUUAAAGCGAACCGUAGCAAAAGCAUAGAAACAAGAUGAAAUAUUUUUUUCCUAUGUUGAAUGUAAUAUCAUUUAGUACGAAGUCAAAUAAAGAAGAAUAAUUAUCAAUGUGUUAUUAACUAUCAUCAUAAAAUAUCAGCACAUAAAAUAAAAACGUAGGAAAUAUUUUUUCGGGACCUACAUAUAUCGUGCAUAAGUUCCAUUAAAAUUAGAGAUUUAAAUUUAAGGAUGGAACCGCGUUAUUUACAAUAGAGGUGUAUAUAGAAACAUUUACUUUCUUUAAUUCAGAUGUGAAUAUCAUUGUAUCAAUGCGAUGUAUCUUUUAGAAUAUAGCAGCAGGAUACACAAGAAUUUUUUUUAGGGCACUCAUUGUUUUAUAUUUCUUGUGUACGUUUAUCAUCGGCAUGCCGAACCUAGAUUUUGCAAAAGCGAUAAGUAUUAAUCUUUAAAAAUUACAUAUUUUAGUGUCUAUCUUUUAAUUAGUGAUUAUAAAAUCAAUCCAAGUAAGUAAACGGAGGGGCGUACUCACAAUCUUCAGAUACUAUAAUUUUCUGGGCGUCGUCUGUGUCAUAAACUCGAGAAGUCGAAGCAAGUCCUAUAAUAUAACAAUGCCCCAUGGUGAGUAAGUCCCCUCUUGAAUUCAACAAUUGAUUAUCGUUCUUCAACCAAUAGCCGAAGUCCCUUACAUUUAUCGCGUGCUUAGCACAAGAAUAUUUUCUUUACUUUUACUAAUUUGAGUAGCUGCAUUGGGCAUAUUGUGGAGACAAUGAUAUUCGGUGAAAAAGUUCCUAUCUAAAUGACUUAUUUUUUUUAAUUUAUUCUUAUAAGAUAUAGUACAUACAUAUAAAAUGCAUUUCACUAACGGAGAACGCAUUUUGUGGAAUGGACUAGCAGAUUCGAGAAGCGAAUUACAGAGAAAGUAAUGGCUUUUAUCAAACUCUCUAUAUUUCUUCUCUGUAGCAUUCUUUGUACCAGCUUCAUCCGUGGAUUAGCAGUUGUACGUAUAUCGUUGCAAUAUUUAUAAUUACACAGAUUUAUUGUUAAUAUUUUAAUAACUGUUACUUAUAAGUUUUGUCAUUUUCUGAUAGAUUGUACUUCUGGUAAAUAUAACUGAUAACUAUCAAUGGAAAUAUAAUAAUGCUAUAUUUCUAAUUGAUAGGUAUUUGCUUAAGUAUUGACAUGAAAGAAAAAUAUGCCAGCAAAUGAAUAGAAAGAAAAUAUUAAUAGAAAAUAAUAAUACAUAUUAUAAUACGAUCAUUUUUAGGAGGAAACUCAGGUUGGUCCAGAUACCCAAGUUGGUCUACGUCCACAUGUGGAUGAUUGUUCAAUAUCCUGUGUUGUUAACGAUUGUAAAACCCGUUAUCCUGCUUCUUAUAUCUGUAUUACUCUCAGAGGACGUUCCUUUUUGAUGAAAAGGUGGCUAUAAAUAUAUUUUCUUUUGACGAGGACAUACACAAGCUUAAAUAUGAAGAAAUUUAAUAAAGUGAAAUCGAAUAAACAAUAAUCAUACUAUUAAUACACGUAAACACAAUAAUUAGAAUAAAUCAUGCAUAAUCGUUAUCAAAUUGAGAUUACAGUAAUAUUUCUGAUGAAAUGUAAAAAUUUGUAUUGUAAUAUCGAAGAUCGAAACUCCGUGGGAUGUUUAUAAGCGUCUAGAAUUGAAUAUCACAUGUGGCUUAAAAUAAAUUCUAUGUCUUCACGUUA